CUUCUAACGUGUGCGUGCAUUGCCGCUGUCACGUGAUGACGUGGCGUACCGUGUGGCUAGAGUGGCUGCAGUGGCUGCUGGUAGAGUUUAGUGUCUGGCACGGUGACCCAUCUCGCCCAUACAUGAGCUAGAGCAGUGAGCGGCCAUUACAUUCCCAGAAUGGCUAACGAGGACCAGGAGGUAAGUGUCCAGCUAGUAAUGUAUUCAGACAGGGAGGACACCUACCCUCACUCUGUAUCUGGGCUUAUUAACCCCUUGGUAGCCAUGCGAAUUGUGCUCCCCAUGCUGUCUCAGUGGGUCCUUAGUGUUGGAUCAGGUACAGUGUACCCACCAUCCUUUACUGCCCAGAAUGAACUAGUUACUGCUGUGGGUUUAUCCUCCCCAGUGCAGUGUAGACCUAACCUAACACUGAGUCUAAUGAGGCUGUAUUGCAAAGUGAUUUUAAAGGAACAUUCUGGGUACCAUAACUAUUUUGGCUCAAUUAAGUUUCUUCUGGUGUGUUGCCCUUCCUGCUUUAAGAGGUUAAACGAUUUUACGAAAGAUUUAACCCCCAAAGUCUUCCAGAUACCACCUGUCUAACCGGCUCAUCUACCUCUUCUGGAGCAAAUUUCAGUAUGGAAGCCUUUCAUUGGGUGCUGGUAAUAGGCUCCGGGCCGGUGCAAAGAUUUUUGUAUACACCGGCGAAGGUGCAUUUUGCUGCCCCUCCCCCCAAAUUUAUUUACACCUGUUUGUCUAUUCUUUUGUAUAUCUUACCCAAUCUUUCGAGUCUUUAUCCCAUCCCCUCUUAACGCCCUUGUGUCUUUUAUCCCACUUAUGAAUGUAUUUACCUCCCUUUAAUGUAUCUGAUCUUUGCCCCCUUCUGUCUCUUACCCACCUUCAUGUAUUCUCUCUCCUCUGACUUUCUUAUCUCUCUCUCACUCUGACACAUACUAAUGCUCACAAACCUAUACUCUCUCUCACAGGCACAUGCAUAUACAAGCACACUGAGUCAUAGACACACACGCUGUCUCACACAUACAUGCUGACACAAACCCUCUCUCACUGGCUCAUAAACACACUCAAUGGCUCUGACACGCUCACUUUCUCAAUGUCCUUGUCCCGCCUUAUGGUAGCGCCACUCCUGAAUAGACCCAUGGUCAGCUGAUAUACUAAGCUUAUCACUGGUAUCCCAUUAAAGGACCAUUAUAGGCACCGAGACCACUUCAGCUCAUUGAAGUGGUCUGGGUGACAGGUCCAUCUAGGGUUAAGCCUGCAGCUGUAAACAUAGCAAUUUCAGAGAAACUGCUAUGUUUACAAUAUGGUUAAUCCAGCCUUUAGUGGCUGUCUCGUUGACAGCUGCUAGAGGCGCUUCUCACUGUGAAAAUCACAGCGAGAAGACCCUAACGUCCAUAGGAAAGCAUUGAGCAAUUCAGCAUACAGCAUUCAGCUCCGACGUCAAAAGAGGGAGGAGAUUUCACCAGCUCCCGAGGGAGCCCGGCGAUGGAGAAUCGAAGUGAUUAACCCCUUCAGCACCCUAGAGCCUGACGGGUGGGGGAGACCUAAAGACCCUAUAGUGCCAGGAAAACAAGUUUUUCCUGGCACUAUAGUGGUCCUUUAAGAAAAAUACCUUAGAAAACAUACAUACAUAGCAUAUAUGCUAAUCUAAAAAAAUAAAUAGAUUUUGUUUUAGGUUCACAUAGGAUAAUUUUUUAUUCCAAUAUAGGAUCCCGUCAGCUGAUGCUCUCAACCAAUCAGUGACUCCCCAUUCACAAAAGUGUAGGGAAAAAGGGACAUGCUUAUGCUACAGAAAUUUUCACAGGAGCUGCUAAACAAGCAGUUGUGUGCAAGGACAUUGUUACAAUUUCUACUUGCGUCAUAACGGGUGCAAUGAAAAUAAGUUAAGGUGCUCAGAGUGUCCUUUAACUACAUGGAACUGCUUUAAAUUGUGUGAGUUCAUGUUACGUAUUAUGUUGGUGUCUUAGUAAUGAAGCUUCUCAACAGUAGCUGAGUUUGUACAGUACAACUGGAAUUUCAUCAUUCAAAAAAAGUUUUAUGUACAAUUAAAAGUCUAUUCGGUUUUAUCUUCCAGAUGGAGCUAGAAGCUCUCCAGUCCAUUUAUGAAGGAGAUGACUGUUUUAAGGAAUUAGGGCCUUGUUCUUUCCAAUACAGGGUAAGUAAUAACUUGUUUAAAGCUGUAACACGCUCUGCCAUGCUGAAUAUUGCUGACGCAAAUGCAGAGCUCCAAACAGAAGAUUGCAUAAGAUAACUUAUUAAAUUAAUGUAUUAGUAGUCCUGGUGGUAGAAGUCUGUAUGUGCAGAGUGUCUGCUUGAAACGCUGCACAUACAGAGAUAUAUUGGCUAGUUACACCCCCAGCGCACAAGACAAAGGCAGCCCGGAACUCCAUUCCAGUCUGCCUGCAUUUAUUACACCUGCCUCUUUCAGUUAAGGCCAAUGCCCCUCUCUCUCUUUCCCCUUAAUGUCUCAGAGCAUGUAAAUGUGCUCUGAGCUGGUGAAGUGGUCAUAUCAUAGAGAAACAUUUAAUCGGACCUCUCAAUGGCUCCAGUGAUGUCAUCUGGGGAGUGGAGCUUUGACUGGUGCUGGAUUCUAUGUAAGUUAUCGCUUAUUUCUAGAACUUUAUUUUAGGGUUGAGUGGGACCAAAAUGUGUCCUAAAGGGCCUUUAAAAAAAAAAAAAAUGGGUUGAGGUUACUCUGUUUAAGAAAAGUCAUAUACACCCUCCAGUGUACCAGUGUGCUAUGGUCCAUAGUACUCUGUUCCCACCUACAUCCAACAACCCUGAAAUGCAAUUGAUAGGGCAGAGAUAUAUUGUCUGUUCUACUCUUUCUCAGUAUUGGUCCAAAGGAUUCCACGCUUCAAUAGCAGUGGCAUGUUGCAUCUGCUAGGGGAAAGUUAGACCAGGACAAGCAGCUUUCAUCAUUAUCCAAAGUUGGAAGUGUUACUUGUACAUUAUCUUAUUGCCUAUCAUUGCCUGCAGAGAGGCUUUUUGUCAGACUGAUCAGUUAUACAGAAAGUCAGUGUACAACCAUAGGCGUGCGCACGGGGUGUGCCGGGUGUGCCUGGGCACACCCUAAUCCCCGCGGGACGCCUAUGUAUAUUGAGACCGGCAUGGGAGAUCUCAGGAUCCCCCUUGUCGGCUCAUGCAGAGCCGGCGCUAUCCGAGCGCCAGCUCUGCUCUCAGCCUCUCUCCCCACUGACCCACAUGCAGGGAGGGAGGCAGGAGAGGACCGGCGGAGCUAUUGCCGGCAGCUCCGCCGGGUUCCUCUCGCGAGAGUGAACUCUAGCCCCAGAGGGGCACCCACAGACAUACACAGCACCCUCACACACACACAGCACACUACCAGUACCCUCACACACAAACGGCACCCUCACACACAGUACAUUAACAGCACCCUCACAAGCACGCACACACACACACACACAAACAGCAUCCUCACAAGCACGCACACACAAACACCCUCACCCACAUCGCACACUACCAGCACCGUCACACACUUCACACUAACAGCACCCUCACACAGCACACACACACACACACACACAUACACAUAUACGGCUUGUGCUUUAGGGUGCACACCCUAAUGCAAUAGUCUGCGCAUGCCUAUGUGUACAACACCCAAAGACAGCUCAGUAUCAGGUUUAUGGAACAAAUUGUUUAUUAAAGAGCAUAAAUGUGUCAUUGUCAAGUGGGGUUUACAUCCAUUAAUUAAUUUUCUAACCUAGUUGUUAAGGGAUGUAAACCAUUUGCAUUAAUUUGCUUAGCAAAAUUGAAAUUAGUCCAUAAAGUCUCAUUUACACCCAUACUCUAGGAAUGAUUAACAGCUUAAAUCUAUAAAGUAUAUUAGAGAGCGAAAAUAUUUUAUCUACCAGAGAGCCAUUUUGUCCAUGUAAUGUCGAGAAAAUAAAAUGUGUUUUUUUUUUUUAAACUGUAAAGAAAGCUUCGGCAUCAGUGCCUGUGGAAAAAAUUAAUACUGUCUAAAGCUUUUUGUUCCCUCAAUAUUUCUGUAUAGGAUGAAGAAAUUAAAAUGUUAAUUUUCAUAAUUUAAAUUUACGUUUAAAAGGAAGUGUGUGUGUGUGUGUGUGUGUGUGUGUGUGUGUGUGUAUGUGUAUAUAUAUAUAUAUAUAUAUAUAUAUAUAUAUAUAUAUAUAUAUAUAUAUAUAUUUUUUUUUUUAAACCUUUGUUCUAGCUAUGUUUCAAAUAAAAAAAAAAAAUUGCUAAUACUUUUUACAACUAGAAUGGCUUGAUAUUGAAGGCAUUAAUUUAAAAUUAGUACCACACAUUAUUCUCAGGUUACUUCUGUGGUUUCAAGAUCUGUCGGCUAGUGGUGUUUUCAGUGGGUAUUUUAAUAUAUAUUUUUGUUCUGACUUUUCUAUAGGUUGGUGAUAUUGGUGAUUCUAAAGCCUUCCUUAUUGAAAUAUCCUGGCCAGAAACCUACCCAGAAACUGCACCAAACAUAUCAAUGAAUGCCUUUUUCAACAAUCAAAUGUAAGUACUAUAUCUUUGCUUUACAAUAGUCACAUUCUAUAGAAUGCAUGCUGGGAAAUCUGAAAUAUUUCUCUAUUUUUUAUAUAUAUAUAUAUAUAUAAUAUAAUAUAAUAUAAAAUAAAAAAUAGAGAUGGUUUGGCACUCUUCCUUAAAAAUAAAAAGACCUGAAUAGGUCGAAACGUUGAUCUAUUGAACUUUGAAUUUAUGCACACAGUAAACUGAGCACUAUACAAACCCAGGAGUGCGCCUAAUUAUUCGUUAUAUAUUAGAAUAUUUAAGUUUGCGGUGUUAAAAAAAAAAAAUUUAAAAAAAUUGAGAAUGAUUUCUCAAAGCAGAGUUAGACAGACAAUCAGUUUGCAACAAAGGAAAUGGAAAGAUCUGCCGCAAUCUCUGUAGAGUUAGUCCAUAUUUUCAGUGUAUAUUUUCACAGGAACACAACCCAGUGCUUUUGGCACGACCGUUCCAAUUUUGUUUCCGGUUGUCCUGCAUUGGAUGUGCUCCCACUGUGCACUAGGACCCUGCAGAGAGUAUUUCAGCACUGCUGUCUCUGCAACGUCUUUCAGCCUGUUGGCCUUGCACUUACCAGACACGCUCCUUUUGUCCUACAGUUGGCAGGCCUGCUCUCUGGGCCCACUCACCUGUCCCGAUUGCAACCCUCCAAAUGUUGGAAGAUCUGAAAACGUGCUAUAUAUAAAACUGUAUUUCCAACCGACAUGAGGUUUUGUUGAAGCUUAUAUAUCAGUGUUCGUGUACAAAUGUAUACCAUUUUUCAGUAAUUUAUUCAUAAAGCGAGAUAUUGAGACGUCUUGAGAAAAUGUCAGUUUUCACUCUGCGCACACUAACCAGAUGUGACGGUACCUUUUCUUACUUGAGUUCAUGAAUUGGGUGAUACUGAGGCUUCUGAAGCCCAGUCCAAGGCUUCAUGAUGAUAGUCAAGGAUCAUCUGAGGAAGGUGCAAGGCAGAGUGAACAGACGCCGUCUUGAAAGUUCAAGGUUAAACCAUUCGCAAGUGGUUUAAUCCUAUUAGGUAAGAUGGCGCUCGGACCUCAUUGCACUGUAACAACUUCAUUGGGUUCUGUCUCUAAGGUGUAUGUUGAAAUACUGCAACUUUGUUCUUGAUGUAUCAAUAAAAUUAGUUAUUUUAUGAAUAAUAUAGAAUAAGGUAAUACAUUAUACACUUUACUAUUCAAUUUUAAUUUAUUUUAAUUUUUUUUUUUUUAGCUUUUGAUAUAUUGUUUUCCUGUAUCACACAGAUCCCCAGCUGUCAAACAGAGUAUAUUAAAAAAGUUACAAGAACAAGUAGAAGCUAAUCUUGGUACAUCAAUGACCUACACUUUAUUCGAAUAUGCCAAAGAUAACAAAGAAGUUUUAAUGGAAAACCAUCAACCAUUCAACAAUGCUAUAGUAAUUAUCCUAAUACUUUGCAUUAUGUUUGUGUGUUUAUAUUAUCCACAAUGUCCCUAUUUUUAAAGGAAAGCUAGCAUUAUUAAUUAUUACUAUGAAAAAAAUUACAUUUAAUACAUCACUAUGUUUAGCAUUCUAUAGUGUGCAAAUGCUUCAAUGCAGUGCAUCUCCUGGCUUACCAUAGCUAUGUUAUAGCUCUCCUGGCUUACCAAGAGCUUCCUUCAUUAAAUCUGUUAGCUGUUAGUUGUAUGCAUUGUCUUUAGUUAGGUAAGUGUUAUGUCUCACCAACGAAGAUUUACGGGGACACUGUAAGUGUAAGCAUCAAAACAACUCUAUUUUAAAGUUAACUUGUAGUAAAACAUUAAACUUGCCUUAAAUGCUCCUGUGUACAUUGAAUACACUAUAUGUCACAAAGAUACAUGAUGUGGUCGGUGUAAAUUAUAGAGAUUUUAUCACCUUUCCUCCAGCGCUGUUUCAUGGAUGUUACUCUUUAUGUAACACUCUUCUUUGAUUUGCCCUGCUUGGUGUAACGUCCCCAAGCAUGGCAAACCUCAACAGUGGCAUUGUCGACUUCGUAGUGAAGUGACAUCACUCCAUUCCUAUACUCCCUAGCCAGUGCUAGAAGCGUCGGCUAUUGAGUUUCCAUAGCAACCACAGCGCAUGGAUGGAGAGCAGAGGGAUCUCCUAUGGGAGAUCUCUUUGCUCUCCCUUGUCAGCCAAUGCCUCUGCAUUUUCAGUACUCUGUUGUUUUCCAUUUUAAAGUUAAGUCCCUUUGUUUAUGCAACCCUAGCCACAUGUCCCCCGACUGUGCCUGACACAGCCUCCCUACACACUUCAUGAAAAAGCGUGUAUAGUUAUUGAGCUUUCCUUUUUGCACAGUAUGUUUAAUUUUAAAUUUCAUAUCUGCUACUCUGUUAAUUGCCUGCUAGAGCAGGAGAUGAGUGUGUAAAUGUACUAUGUUGUAACAUCUAAAAGGUAUUUUCCUGGGAAGAACGUUAUUUUCAAAUAGAAAAGCUCACUGGUUUAACACCUGUAAUUUGACAUUUGGCAUCCAAUUACCAAUGUUCCAACUUUACAAAUUGAAUUUUUUUCCCUGCUUAAUGAUGUGUGUUUGUUAUGACCAGCUUUAUUCAUAUCAGUAAUAACUGUCUUCUUUAAAGGAACACUAGCAUUCUGAAUAAAUACCUGUGUUCAUAAUGCUAUAGUAUCCUUGUCCCUCUAUCUAAAUAGGCCCCCCUUGCAAUAUCAAUUAAAAAGUAAACGUUUUACUUGCCUAUUUCCAGCAAAGAUACUCUCUUGGCUCUCACGGUCUCCAACAAUGUCACGGAACAGACAUGGUCCCGUCAAAUUCUCCUAAUGCGUAUGCACGGCAAGCACCGCACGUAUAUUUAAGCUUCAUUGUUGGGACUUCCACCUUACGAGAGUUGUACUCUGUUAGUGCAGCGGUAGUACUUCUAGUGGCUGUCAGUAUGACAUCUGCUAGAGUUAGACUCAACUCUGCAAUGUAAACCUGGCCACUGCACCCAGACCUUGCUUUGGAUUGUGAGGUACAUAGGAUUCAAGUUAAUUAACUAAUUUGUCUGCAUGAUUUUAUACUGAAUGUGGUGCAUUUAAUGCAAAAUUACAAUAUUGUUCAACUGUAUUUUUUUUCAGACAUUAAUCGGAAAUGAAAAUACACCAGAGCCAGCAAAUGUAAACAUAUCAAGCAAGAAAAAAGAGAAAAAGGAGCAGUUAACAAAAGCCCAAAAGAAAAAAUUAGCAGACAAAACAGGUGUGUUCAAUAAGAUGCAAGUUGUAGUCACAAAAAAAUCUGUUUAAUAUAUCUAUAUGCAAUUUCAAAAACCCCACUUCACCAAAUCCAGAAUUUAACGUCACUGUUCAUAUUCAAAUUAGAAGCUCUAUGCUGACUUCUCCAAGCUUGUGUGUUGCUAUAUGUAGAUUGCUAGUGUUUCCCUAAUAACUCCUGUCUAUUUGUUUUAUUUAUAAGUCAUGAAAAUACUUUUGCAGAUUCAUAAAACCUGCAAAAUAUAAACAGUUGAAUUUGGAGACCAAGAGAAAUAGUGCACGCACAAUUAUCUACUGUAUGUGUGUUUGUGUAAGAGAACUAUUAUUUGCUGUUUUUUACAUUUAUACUUCAUUAUAUGCUUUAAACCUAUAAGUACAUCAAGAUAUUUAGUACCAUUUAUUUAUUCUUUUAAAAUACUUUUUAUUCAAUCUCUAGAUCACAAAGGAGAACUUCCCCGUGGAUGGAACUGGGUUGAUGUUAUUAAGGUAAUGCUUAUCUGUGAAGGUGUGUGCAGCACAUAUCUUUUAGGGUGUGCUCCCCAGAGAGAGAGAGUAGUGUGGAUUUUUUUGAGUUUAAUAAAAAUAUUUGAAAAGUGAAUAUUUAUUUGAUUAACCAUCAUAAGUUUAGGUUUUCUCCAGAUAACUUAAGUUAAACUGAGCGAAAAAUGCAGGUAGGGACCUUAAAUAGUGAAGAAAUGCAAUUUAGAUCUGCAUUAGUGUGUGCCUAGGCACCCUAUAGCAGCAUGAUUACAGGAGCACCACAACCACUCAGCCCACUGUAGUAGUUUUGGUGCCAAAAGUACCAAGACCCUGUCCCACAGAAGAUUUCAAGCUGGGCACACCUGCACGACAUCUGGGCUUCAGCAGGAGAAGCCAGAUGUCUGUAGAGCAAAGCAUGGUCGAUGCAGGACUGUGGUCAUUGGCUGUGAUUAUUAGUGGAGCGAGCACUCCAAGUAAAUGAGCAUGGAUAUGUUUUGCUCUACAGAGCAAUCUGACUUCUGCUAGAGAAGACCAGAUGUGUAGUAUUGGCACCCAACAGGACCCAGGUAUGCUGUCAGUGUUCUAAAACAGUUUGACAUCUUACCAUGGAAUGGGGGCUAGGGCAGUACUAGCACCAAAAGCUUUACAGCAGGUUGUAGUGGUUAGGUUAGAGUGCUUGUUUAAUACUGGUAAUUUUAGUUGGAAUUGUUGAAGGUUUUUCCUUGUGACUGAAAUUUACUCUUGAAUGCAGUAUACAUUAACAGAACUCCUUUCUGGUGCAAGCAAGGGUAGCUUCCUCCAUUAUCGGCCCUUUUUCUGCACUUGUCAUGACCAUAACACCUACUUCUACCUCUGUUUAGUGUUCCAUUCUGUGACAGUUUCAGAGUUGCUGACCAAAAAAAACAACUUACAAUUUACUACUAUAAGGAAGUUUCAAAGUAACAUUUUUGUUUUUUCCUUUUCAUUGUAUUUUAAUGUUUUGUAUUCUUUCUUUUAUGCUAUUUGCCAUUGUGGACUUCUUGAUCUCCAGCAUGUAAGUAUACAAAUGUUUAAAAACAAGAAAUGUUUUGAAAAUGUAUUAUAUGAUUUAGGUUGUAGUAGGAACUUUAUAAUAAAAAAGAGGAUUACAAAAAGGAGUGAGUGUGUGUGUGUGUGGUUUUUAAUCCCUCCUCACUCCUUUUAUUUAUUUAUUUAUUUAUUUAUUUAUUUAUUUAUUUUAUUUUUUUCACUUUUAAUUUGUUUUUUUUUCCCACUGGAAAUAACUUUAUUUGUAUGUGAUGUAAAGGUAGAAAGGAAAUUUGGUAGAAUUUAUUUUUAUUAAUAAUCUAAAGUGUAUUUAUGUAACAGACCUCAACCAUUUUGUACUGGUAUAAUACAAAUAUUUUCUUAUACCAAAUACAGAAAUAUUUACAUGUUUUUUUUUUGUCUGUAUUUAUUUUUGCCUUAAGAUAAUUAAAGGUUCAGUAAUACAUUUAACCCCUUAAAGACACAUGCCAUGUGUAAAAUGUCAAGAUUCCCUUUUUAUUCCAGAAGUUUGGUCUUUAAUGGGUUAAUAUAAAUAUAUUUUGUGAAAGCAUACUAGCACCGUGUGCUGGAAUGUCUGAUAUUGUUGAUAACUUUUCCUAACCUCUGUCUUUUUUAUGUUUUGUUACAGCUGGCUAAAACUGGCACCUCCAACGAUGAUGAAUAGAGGAACACGAACACUUUUAAUAUAUCAUAACUUUUGUCUUGUAGACUUUCUUCUUAUUUUACAACAGUAAUUUAUUAAAGAGGUCAAAUUGUUUUAUAAAAAAAUGCUCCUUUUUGUAGGUUUUCUGUUUAAUAAACAAGUGGUGUAAAAUGAUAUCUUCACAUUUUGCUGAUACUCCAGUUCCCAGGGAAUUUUGACUGUAAAUAUCGGUGUAUUAAAGGACAUUAUGAUCAGAUUUGCAUAUGUUCCUAUAUGUGCAACAUUCAUCUUUUCAAAUAUUAAACCAUUAUGUAUACAAAUA